ACUUAUCAUCGGUGCAUAAGCUGAGACAAAUCCCCAUGUUCAAAGAAAGAAAGAAAAAAAAAAUCCCAAAUUGAGUGGCCGAAUUAGAUACGAGCAAGCUUCAAUUCCUGUUUGACACAGAAAGCAAGAGAAAAAUGAAUCACACCAACAACCCCCAGCAACCCAACGAUGCUAGGCACGACGAUGACGCAGCCCUCACUGAAUUUCUCUCUUCCUUAAUGGAUUACACUCCCACCAUACCCGAUGAAUUGGUGGAGCAUUACCUAGCUAAGAGUGGAUUUCAAUGUCCCGAUGUUCGAUUAGUUAGACUAGUAGCUGUUGCUACUCAAAAGUUCGUUGCAGAGGUUGCAAGUGAUGCACUGCAGCAAUGCAGAGCUCGUCAAUCAACAGUAGUCAAAGACAAAAGAGAGAAGCAGCAAAAAGAUAAGCGCCCUAUCUUGACAAUGGAGGACCUGUCCAAGGCUUUGCGUGAUUACGGUGUGAAUGUGAAGCACCAAGAGUAUUUUGCCGACAGCCCAUCAACCGGAAUGGAUCCUGCUUCAAGAGAUGAGUAACCUGGCUUGGAUUUACAAGUUCUUUGCAGUUGUUUACAUGUUAAGUCGUUUACAUUCUUGUAUGUAGCACUCUUCACUCUUCAGCGGUCCACUUGUUUUAGUUUAAAGAUUUUUAUGUUCAGAUAUAUUCUUUGGUGUUCUCAUGUUCUGACACUCACUAUAUAUAGUUGGUUAGUUAAUAGAAUAUUUGGCAAUUGAUAGGGGAGGGAUGGUAUGAUUUGGUCCUUCUCCCAUUGUUAAGGUUGUAUCUAUCAGCUCCUAAUUGUUGUAGAAUUUUACUUAACUAUGAGCAGAUUUUAUUAUAAUUAAAGGAGCCA